AAUGAACUUUUGUGAUUUGUGUUCAUAAUAACGAACUUUUGCUAGAUUUGGUAACAAUUGUGUUUUUAUGAUUUGUACUCUUAAUAAAUAUGAUUUCUACUCUUAAUGAAUUGUAUUUUGUAAAGUUAAAACUACUCUUACCAGAUGCUUUUUGUAGGAAAUAAUGGCUCCAGGACUGACUGCAAAGAAAAGGUUGGUUAAUAGACAAUUACAUUCAGCUAGUUCGAAUCAAAUGGCAUCUACAACUCCAAGUGGUCAACAUGUUGAGAAGAUCGUUGCCUCAAAUCAAACUGGUCAAAAUGGGAGAGUGGAAUUAGAAUCUUCGCAAGAGAAUACAGAUUCUAACUCUUCCAAAAGAGUAAGAGGACCCACACGAGGUAAGGAGCUUGAGAAACUACUCAAGGUGAAUGGGAAAAUGGUAAUUGACAUACCGCUUGGAAAAGGAAGACCAGUUUGUGAGGUUCAAUCUGCAAAAUUAUCAUCGGAGCUUGGAGUCAUCUCUCGACAAUUCAUACCAAUACCAGAAAAGUGGAAAAAUUUUACUGAGGAUGAGAAAAGGCAUGCAUUUGAAAGACUUGAAGUAAGUAAUUGUUUUAUAUUGAAAGUUAUUUUUGUUUAAACUAUGUCACUUAUGAAAAUUAAUUGUUUGUUACAUGUCUUAAUCAUU